AUCAGCCAUCCUGCAAAGCAUCAAAAUAUUUACAAGUAGUGAUAUUUUUGUGUGAAAUUAUUGCUUGUUUUACGAUUUUUCUUCAAUAUUUCUACGCUUAGCGAAAGUUUCAAACAGGAAAAGUUUGUGAAAGUUGUUCGAUAGUUUCGCUUCCAGAGGGUUCCAGAGAAUUCCGGGAGGAACAUUUUCUUUUUUGUUUUGCCCCUCCUUCGUCCUUAUUUUCGAGAAUGUCUUCUUCGCCAUUCCAUCAUUUCGGGUUCAACCACGGAACGAGAAAGAUCACGCCGUUGAAAAUCCGCAAUCCGAGCAUCAGUCCGUCGCAAAUCAUGCCAUCGCCUAGCGGGGUUCCGUUCAACGUAGCCGACAUGCCCUGGUCCUACGGUGGGAAACCCGGCCAGCUCAUGGAAUUCAAUGCCGUUAUUCGGCCAAGUCCGAUACAACACGGAGCGUACCAUCCGGUAGGUUCCGCCUCCACCAUAUACUCCGAUAUCAGAAAAAGGAAAACCGAACCGGACGUAGUUCCAAUACCAUCGAAACAAUUUUUCACCGAAGAAUCCAUGGCUAUCCACUUUAACAAUCUGCAUUUAUCGUCCGAGUACACACCGCACAACAUAGAAACCAGUGCUUCUGCUGGGGACACGGUAGGAUCCCUCUCGCCGUUGUCCUCCUCGCUGGACGAUGACAUGUCGUUCGGCGAAUGUAGCCCUUCCACCUCCACGGCGGCUGGAGGUACCGGCCACCACGUGUACAUGUCUCCUCGGGAGCUCGAGGAACGACUCAAGAAGGCUCAGCGAAUUGCGCUCUGCGAGGAAGUACGCAAACUAGACAAUCGAGCAGAAAUCCUGCCCCAGGCGCUUCUGCAAAGAAUCGAGAAGCCCUGCACGGCACUGGUUCUCUGGCAACCGCCACAGGUGCUAGAAAAAAUUCUGACCAAGGUAAGUACGGCAAUGAAGGAGAGAGAAGAGCACGACAAGCAGGAAUCCGACCGGAGUUCCAAUGAAGCUGCGAUGGGGGAAGAUGAACCACUCCCAGACCUGCCAGACUAUGAUGAUGAUCUCGAUUUCGAAGAGAAUAAUAAUAACGUGGCCACGGUGAGCGAUUUGAACAGUAUGGACGUUGAGAUGUAGUGUGUCAUCCAAGGACGACUGUUGAAUCGUGGUCUUGAUCUACUAAAAUCGAUACAUGUCGUGUACAAUGAAUGUUCUUUUUUCAUACUUAGGUGUAAGGCGUAUGAUCCUAAUCCGAUAGGUUCGCUAGCUUGCGGUCGACAAGUUUGUUGAUAUACUUUUUUUUUGGGUGCAAAUUACGAAAUAUAGACGAAAUUUUCAAUCUCGAA